AUGCCUAAACCUACCUCAUCCUCUUCCGCUUUCCCACAUGCACCUUCCAGUUCCAACACUCUUGCCCCGUCCAAGUUUGAUUCAUCCAUCUCUCCUUCUUCACCCCGACAACUACCCAAACUUCGGUCAAUGUUCACUGCAACUCAGUCAAGUUGGAAGCCCACUGGUCAGAAACGUCACAGAGAUGCGGAGAAUCGCGAAGAUCCGGGAGAGACAAGAGAGGUCAAGAGACCAAUCAUCAAACUCAAGGUCAAAAAAUGUAUCUCUCAAACACAACCUGAACCUAAGAAAGAGGUUCCUGUGUCUAUUCCUUUCCUCUCCGAUACUUCAUCGUGUCCAAUGGAAGUUGAAACAAGACCUUCCACACCGAGUUCAGAAUCACCAAUAGCUAAGCGACCUAGAUCGCACUCAAAUUCUUCGAUCGUGGGCUUAUUAUUCGAUGAAAGGGAUUCCGUAUCUUCAUCGCCUAUUGAUAAGCCCGGUUCUCCUUCAGCCUCACCACCCGUUGUUCUCAAGAUACCUCACCCACCACACGUAUCCUCGCCUCUCGCAUCAGCACCAGUUUUCAACGUCCCGUUGGAGCUUCCACCAAAUUUUCGUCCUUUCAAUAAAGCCAUUUCCGAUCCAACCUCUGCACGAGAAAUAGACUUGGCUCCUUCUCCAGGUCAGCUGGAAAGUAAUCCCAAGAUUCAACUUGCUAGAACGCGACAGAAGAUGUUCCUGGCUGAGGUAGAAGCUUUGGGCACAGAAAUGAACAACGUUUUCAAGCUGGGUUAUGGUAGAGGGAUGGGUAGAGCUGUCUCUGGUGGAUUGAGAGGUCCAAGUAGGUUGAGAAGUGGAACGAAGGAUGAGAAACGCCAUGACGAGAGAAUGGAUAUCGAUGAGUAG